AUGGAACCCUCACUAUCUACGUUACAAUCCUCCACUUCUCAAGGGCCACGGUCCUUCACCAGAUUCAAUGACCUUCCUCCCGAGUUGCGCAUAAAGAUAUGGCAACAAUCUCUGCCAGGACCGAGGACUGUCGCAGUCAAAUCCCCAUACGCACAAAGACAACCAAGCCCCAAGUCCCUCGAAGACGCAGUCGCGCAACACGGAGAUGAUGUCGAGACAUGGACAUCCACUACGCAAAUACCUGCCCUUCUCCACGUCAAUGCUGAAGCUCGGCAUGAAGCUUUGAAGCACUACAGGCUAUCGUUAGCCGUUGGCAUCAGCCAACCCCGAGUAUAUGUCGACUUUUCCCGAGACACCCUCUUCUUUGGCAACGCGGAACUCAAGCCAGAAUGCUCGUCCUUGUGGUCAGCCACGAAAGACAUGGAUAAGGUCGAGAGACUAGCGGUGGUACCAGAGGGUGCUUGGAGGGUUUUUCGCUGGAAGAAAAUUGACCUCAACGGCCUGCAAAAGAUGAUCUUUGUCCACGAUACCGAGAAGCUCCAACUAGGUCCUUCGCCGCAGCUGGUCGAGGACGACACGCAUGACGACAUUGAGGAGCUGGUGGCACGGAUCGAGGAGAUACAGAUGGCAGAGAUUGCCAUGCCAUCGGAACCAUCCACGCCUUUGCCCGAAGCCGCGAUGAAGAAGCGUAUGGAGGCAGCGCGAGAAGAAUUGGACACAUUGAAGACGGUACUGCCCGCGCAAUGGGAGAAGGAGCCAGUCGUAGUGACGGCGGUGUUCAAGAAGAGUUGUGGUGAUAGAUGGCUAUGA